CACCAAGUUAUCUUCCACCGCCACCACCAAGUUAUCCUCCACCACCACCACCACCUAGUUAUCUUCCACCACCACCACCAAGUUAUCUUCCACCACCACCACCAAGUUAUCCUCCACCACCACCACCACCUAGUUAUCUUCCACCGCCACCACCAAGUUAUAUUCCACCACCACCACCAUCAAAUUAUCCUCCACCACCACCACCAGCACGGCGAGUACUACUACAAUCACGACAAGUACUACCACCAGCACCACCACCACCACGAAAAUUGUAUACUAAAUGUUGUUGUAAACCAGGAAAAUCACUGAUUAAAAAAGUUGUUUAUAAACAAAUUGGAGAAGAUAAUCAAGAUAAGAGUGAAUCAUUUAUUGAUUAUGCUUCUGUCAUUGAUAAACUCGAAACACGCAUUACUGUUCGAUGUGGAAAUGAUAUUAUGAAAGAAGGAGACGGAGAAGGAGAAACAGUUACUUGUGAUAAUUAUAAUGAAAAAUUACGUCUUAUUGAUUUUCCUGUUAACAUAUCUGAAACAAUCGAUGAUACUGACAAAGAUUCUAUGGAAUAA